GGGCAGCAGGAGGAGGCGAGAGGAGCGAUGAUGGAGGCCAGCUUCGACACUGAGGAGAGUUUUGACGACCCCUCCUGUCUCGCCCCGCAGCCCCCCGGCUCCGUGUCUCCGGCCAAGCGGCAGAUCAGGGAGGUCAAGGAGACCAAGACCACGGUCAACGGCGUGACCUUCCCGCUGCCUGGAGAAGGUCCGGAGCAGCAGCUGCUGAAACCCAACGAAUGGAGCUACUGCGACUUCUUCUGGGCCGACAAGGAGAACCCCCAGGGGACGGCGUCGGUCGGGGGCUUCGAGGUUCUGCUGCAGAAGCAGCUGAAGGGCAAACAGAUGCAGAAGGAGAUGUCCGAGUUCGUCCACGAGAGGAUAAAGAUUGAGGAGGAAUACGCCAAGAACCUGUCCAAGCUGUCUCUGAGCCCGCUGGCGGCGCAGGAGGAAGGGACUCUCGGCGAGGCCUGGACUCAGCUGAAGAAGAGCCUCCACGACGAAGCCGAAGUUCACCUCAAGUUCUCCAACAAACUUCACACGGAGGUGGAGAAACCGCUGCUGACCUUCAGAGCCGACAGCUUCAAGAAGGACCUGAAGAAGUACGACCACCACAUCGCCGACCUGCGGAAGCAGCUGGCCAGCCGCUUCGCCAGCGUGGAGAAGUCCCGGAGAGCUCUGGCAGACCGACAGAAGGACCUGGAGGUGAAGACUCAGCAGCUGGAGAUCAAGCUCAGCAACAAGACGGAGGAGGACAUCAAGAAGGCCCGGCGGAAAUCCACGCAGGCAGGGGACGACCUGAUGCGCUGCGUGGAUCUCUACAACCAGACCCAGUCCAAGUGGUUCGAGGAGAUGGUCACCACCAGCAUGGAGCUGGAGAAGCUGGAGGUGGAGCGGAUCGAGUGGAUCCAGCAGCAUCUACGUCAGUACACCACCCUGCGGCACGAGACGGACAUGUUCAACCAGAGCACGGUGGAGCCGGUGGACCAGCUGCUGCAGGGCGUGGACCCGGCCCGGGACCGGGAGCUGUGGGUGAAGGAGAACAACACCGGCGAGGUCCGGCCCGUGGACAUGGACCUGUAGGACCCCCCGGACCCGAGCCCGGGCCC